AUGUCUCACCAAGCUGUCCAAAGACGUGACAAACAUCUCCCGAGCUUCUGGACCCCAACCUCAGCCGAUCAUCCUGGAACUCGAUCUCGAAACAGAUGUGUUAGGAGAAGCUUUGACUUGACACAUUCCGUCGAGCUCGAUCUUAGGUUAGAAGACGGCACGUGGCCUAGGACACGUGCAAUCGCCAAGGAACAAUUUGACCUGCUCAUCAUGGAAGACAUGUGGGGGAGAUGGUAUACAGCCAGAGACGCCGAAAGUUUUUCAAACCAGGAGCAGGACUUAUUCUCCAGGAUCAAGCUCCUUUUGGGCUGCUCCAAAUUGCUUCGGACCUUUAACUCUAUCUGGAUCAUCAGUCGUGCCUUCCUUGACGACACACUAAGCCUGUUUGUGGCAGCUGAGCUCGCCUAUUUUCUGGCGUUCCGUCUUAACUUAUUGUUCAGAGAGUCAUUGGGAAUGUGGCCCUCUAUCAGUUCGGAUACUGUCACUGGACCACGUCAGGCCGUCCUUCUCUAUGGCCUCGAAGCAGUUCUUCGUGGGUUAAGCUCUUUGGGGAAGACUCACUGGAAGUCAGCUAAGACACCUUCUUCUCAGUAUCUUCAUUGGUUGAAGAAUGACCUCAACGAAUGUUUCAAACGUGUGCACGAUCAUAUUCGGGACCAAACAUGUGGACUUCCCGUACAGAAUAGCGAACCGCGGAGAACACAGGUUCUACCACAUCUCGCGGAAUUUGCUCGCGCACGGGACAAGGAUCUCUCAAAACACCUGCUGGGAGCGCGGUACGCUCUACUUUGGUUCUAUUGGGAACGACACCCAGAAUACUUGGUGACAGUGGACAACAAACUGGUCGAGUAUAGGGAUUUAACUGACCUUGGAUACGAGACACACGAUGGGGCCAAAAACAGCAACAGCUCCACGGGUGGACCAACGGAGACAGCUCAGUUUCUAAUCGAACAACACCCGGAUCCGCCGCAAGCUCUUCGACCUGAGGGCUCCACGUUCACCACUGUUGGCGACGAUUUCAUUUUGGGGUCAGAUAAAGUGUCAAGCAUCGGCCGUCAGGGGCCCAAUGCCACUGUGAGUAUACUAAGCCCAGAAGAGCUGGCCAGGAUCAGCGAUCCCAUUCCUCCUCCAGGCUCAGUAGGUUUCUGCGACUCCUGGGGGCAGUCGAUAUCUGACUUACAGCUUUGGAACUUUCGGCCCUCCAUCUUUGACAUCCCGGAGACCACUAAUGACAAUGAUGACGGCGAUGACAAUCUGUCGGAUACUUCUCGAGUGGCCCCGCAAAACGAGAUCCGCCUGACAUACACUGAAGUUCUGAAGGCAAUAAUUGCGAGGAGUAUUCCAACGUCCUGUUAG